AUGGAUUUACAAACGCCCCUAAUCUGUGCGGGAGUGGUGGCCGUCACGUCUGCCGCUGUUUACCUCAGCUCUGUCUUCGGUAUGAAAGAGAGGACUUAUGAGGAGGCGAUCGAAGAGCAGAGACGACGAAAUAGUUUGGAUAUUAGUCUCAAACCCAACAAAACGGUUGACAAACCAAAGAAGGAGAAGAAGGAGAAAAAGAAGGAAAAGUUAACUAAAAAGGACAAACCGAAAGACAAGUCCUCUAUUGGAGCGCAACAACAGUCCACUGAACCCAAGCCAACCGUCAAAGAGUCAGUCCGUAAGACAGAACACGCGGUCGGUUUCAAAGCCGAACCCGAAGUGGUUUUGUGGAGCGAAGACUCAGAAAGUGUUGAUAUUUCCAAACAACGAAAGCCUUCGUACGACAAACCAAUUAAACCAAUUUUAUUGAACAAAAGCGAUCAAAACAUAGAUCUAAGCCAAGUGUUGAACGAAUCGGUGAACGGAAGGAAUUCUUUCGAUCAAAUCUUACCCAAAGAUGAUUUGGAACUCAUGAAGCACUACGAGAGGAGCUUAGAUAGCGAACCGACGGUCGAACCCGUUGUCGAGGAGCCUAUUGUUUACAACACAACUACUGUGCCGUUGGCUUCGAGUGCAACCAAUUAUAACGACAAUGAUUUAUCGCAUCAACACAUGAGUAGUGAAACCGACAGUCGAGUCGCCGAAGUGUUGAGAAUCGAGAGCUCAGAGAAUUCAUCGCCCGCUCGGAAGUCGAGGAAAUCGAAACAAAACUCACUCGAAGGUAGGCUUUCGUCAAUUAUUUGCGAUAAUUUCUUAAGCCAUUGA